AUGGCUGGGAGAAAUGAUGCUGCGAUUGCUGCCGCUUUGGAGGCUAUGGCUCAGGCUUUGGCAAAUCAGCCAAAUGCUAAUGAGAAUGUUGGAUCCCGCAGUUUGGCGACUUUUCAGAGGGAGAAUCCGCCGGUCUUCAAAGGCAAGCAUGACCCCGACAACGCAUUGGAGUGGUUGAAGGAGAUUGAGAGAAUCUUCCGCGUGAUGGACUGCACUCAGGCGCAGAAGGUUCGGUAUGGAACUCAUAUGUUGGCAGUCGAAGCUGACGACUGGUGGUUAGAGACUCGUCAGAGAUUGGAAGUUGCUGGUGAAGAGAUCACUUGGAUUGUUUUCCGCCGAGAGUUUCUGAGGAAGUAUUAUCCUGAAGAUGUUCGGGGUAAGAAGGAGAUUGAGUUCCUUGAGCUGAAACAGGGAAAUAUGUCAGUGACAGAGUAUGCUGCAAAGUUCACUGAGUUGGCUAAGUUCUACCCGUAUUAUGAGGGAGCAGGUGCUGAGUUUUCAAAGUGCAUCAAGUUUGAGAACGGAUUACGCUCUGAGAUCAAGAAAGCUGUUGGGUAUCAGAAGAUUCGUAUCUUUCCUAAUUUGGUUGAUAGUUGCAGGAUUUAUGAAGAAGAUCAUAAUGCACAUUACAAACUUGUCAAGGAUAGGAGAGGCAAGCAGAACCGUAGCACACCUUAUGAUGCUCCAGUUGGAAAGGGAAAAGCAGAAGUGGCUAAUGGCAAGAGAACUAGUGGGGGAGGAGCUCCUGCUAGCAGGAUUUGCUUCAAAUAUGGAUAA